UUUAAAAAUAACGCCCGAGGGUGUUCUUUUCAAGUAUUGACGGCUUGAAGCCGAAUAGACUUUAAACUGAGAAGAUCUGGAAAAGUUGGAAGGUGACGAUGGAGAAUGCAUUCAAACUGCUCCUUUCAUGUCCCUCUGGUCUCUCCUCUUCACAGGUUUCGGUGAGGUUCGACGAAUCGUACGAUAGAGUUCCUCAUCCGGACGCUGAAUUGGAAAAUUCCAUUUCUGAGAUAUGGGAUAAAAGGGUUCAACAAAGCUCAUCAUUGUUCAAUGGUAAAAAGUUUAGGUACGGAGGACAUGAUGGCGCGGGUCCCAAUGUAUGCCUUCACCUUGGUCUAACAGAUUAUAGGACUUUUGUCGGGACGAAUUUAAAUCCUUUAUGGGAAAGAUUUCUUGUAUCGUCUGAAGAUGAUUGUAAGCAGUGUCAACACACGUCUAGUCCAUUGGGUAACGGUGCAGUUGUAGAGACAGUUGACAAUACGAUACUCGUGCUCCAAAGAAGCAAUAAUGUUGGUGAAUUUCCUGGAUACCUUGUCUUUCCAGGUGGUCAUCCCGAGCCCGAAGAAGUCGGUAUUACAUCCCAUACGUGUGAAAACGGGUCGCAAAACUCAGAAUCGAGCAACAGUAAAGUCUCUCAGGAGAUGUUUGACAGCAUUGUACGUGAAGUGGUUGAAGAGAUAGGAGUACCGGCUGCAACCUUGAGCAAGCCGUUGUUGAUUGGUAUAUCCCGCAGGGUAUUGAACGUGAGACCAACUGCAUUUUUCUUCAUCAAGUGCAAUCUUCAAUCAACACAAGUUCAAGAACUCUAUUCCAGUGCACAAGAUGGCUAUGAAUCAACAAAACUCUAUACUAUCCAUCCUAGUGAAUUGGAGAACAUGGCAUCCAAAAUGCCCGGCUGCCACCGAGGAGGUUUUGCACUUUACAAGUUGAUGUUAGCAGGUGGGAAUGAUCUCAAGUGAAUGUAUUCAAUCCCCAGGUUAUAUAUAUAUAUAUAUAUAUAUAUAUAUAUAUAUAUAUAUAUAUAUAUAUAUAUAUAUUUGUUUAAUUUGAAAUUGAGACCCCAAUGAUAUCAUGUGAUUGUGACACUACAGUAAAGAAUGUUAACUAGA